AUGGCCAACCCUACCAACACUCUUCUUGACCACUUCUACUGCCAUGUACAGCGAUACCCCGCGUCAAUCGCAAUUGAAGAUGGAACAAAGUCGGCUGACGAGUCGGCUUGGGAAAGGAUUACUUACCUGCAACUCGACACUUUGUCCGAUAUAUGGGCCAGGAAACUGAGCCAGGCCGGCGUAGGUGCCGGCUGCAUAGUGCCUAUUAUAUCUAGAAGGUCAAUCGCUAUGGUAGCGGCCGUGUUGGCAGUCCUCAAGCUACGCGCUGUCUAUGUGCCAGUUGAUAUAGACUCUUGGGGGAAAGACCGUAUAGAUACAGUGCUCACGACGAUAGAUCCAAAGGUCAUCGUAUCAACAGUGGAAUGUCCGGAGGAUCGUUAUUCGUUUCCGGUUCUGAUAUUAAGGGAGACAAACCCAGACAGGAUAGCAAUUGGUAACGGGCUCCACUCAGGACAGAAGACCAGCAAGCUCGGUGAUAGGGGAGGUGACCUUGCAUACAUCAUCUUCACCUCUGGCACAACGGGAAAACCGAAAGGUGUAAUGGUAGGCCUGAAAUCCAUAUCUCGCUAUGUGAAAGAAGGAGGAGACCUCCCUUUCAACUUUAACACCAAAUACGGCACACGGGUAUUGUUGAUUUGCUCCGUUGCCUUUGACGUAUGUGCGGGCGUUGUAUUUAACACGCUGUGCAAUGGCGGAACCCUUGUUCUCGCGGACCCGUCCACCCUCGAAGCAGCAGCUAAGACAUGCCAUGUCUUACCAUUAACGCCGAGCAUUUUGUCGUCCUUGAAUCCAAAGGCUGGGUUUGAUAGGGUUGAGAAAAUAUUUCUUGGUGGCGAAGCUCCCACAGAAUCAUUGAUUCGAUCCUGGUAUUCCUCAUGCCGUCGGUUAUAUAACUCCUAUGGGCCUACGGAAACAACCUGCACUUCGUUGAUGGGUGAGCUUGUGCCUGGGUCACCCAUCACUAUCGGCUAUCCGAUCUCGUACAGUACCGUUACUCUGCUGGAUGAGGACGGCUCGGACCCUUCGCAGGGAGAGAUUUGCAUAUCCGGCUUAGGACUUGCCUUGGGGUAUUUUCGUGAUCGAGAUCGCACGGCCAGCUCCUUUGUCAGACUGAAUGGACGCAUGGUAUACAGGACUGGAGACUAUGGAAAGCACACCAGGAAUGGGUUGCAGUUCUGUGGGCGCAAGGAUAGCAUGGUCAAGAAUCGAGGCUUCUUGAUCAAUCUUGAAGGAGAUGUUGAGCCGGCUUUACUGUCGUUCAGCAAGGUUGCCCGUGCAGCUGCCAGUAUGUCCAAUGGCAAGCUUAUCGCGUUUGUUACGCCGACAGCCGCAAAAGAGGGCCUUCGUGAAUACCUCUUGGGUACUAUUUCUUCAUUCCUGGUACCCGACAUCGUAUACUCACUCGACGAGUUUCCCGUAACAGCCAACGGGAAGGCGGAUCGAAGGAGCUUGCUGCGGAUACAUGAGGAGGCUCAGGGGCCAAACGGUAACUUAGAGACAGGCCUGAAUGCGAUAGAAGCUCUCCGCAGAGGCAUGGCUUACGUUCUCCAAAUACCAGAGUUAGAGAUCGCCGGUUCCUCAUCCUUCCGCGAUUUGGGCGGCCACUCACUUGCAGCAGUGAUGCUUGUUUCGAACCUAAGGCAGAUGGGCUUUACUAUUGGCGUAACAGAGGUAUUAUUGCUGGACACCGUUGAUAAGAUGGCAUCAGCAAUGAAGGAAACAGUCAAUGAUGCUCAUGCCUCCUCCAUGUCCGAACAAUUGAUGCGGCGCUUGGAAAACAUAAUUCCCAUGGCUAGCCUGGCAGGAAGUGAGAGCUUUGCGCCCAUGACAGAUAUCCAAAGUAGAAUGGUUCGGGCCAGUGUAGCCACUCCAGGGCUCUCCUUUAUAAAGGCUUCCUUUACCCUUGAUCAUCCGGGGAGAGAAGACUUUACGUCUAUCCUGCGUGCCGCUUGGGGUCGCCUAAACCAACGCCAUCAUAUCUUGCGUGCAUCAUUCGUUUUGGGUGAGCCAGGAGCUCAGGUGGUAUACCGUGAUCCAAACAUUGCUUGGAAGGAAAAGAUAAUUACAGAGACAGACUGGGAAUCUGCCUGUCGGCAUGAAGAGGAGCUUGGCCUGGGACAGUUCACAGGGUUCGAGCCAGGGGAGCAGCGUUGCUUGUCACAGGUUACCGUUCUUGUGAUACCUGCUAACAGGACUCGAUUCAUCUGGACAGUGCACCACAGCCUGAUUGAUGGGUGGUCGAUGGCAACACUGAUGAGGGACUUUGCGUCCUGUCUCGAUAAAAUCCCACUUUCACUACCGCCACAGUUCACUGAGGUUGCCUUGGCCACAGAGCAGCUAAACCGCAAGUCUUCAAGUAAGGCUGCAUCAUUUUGGAAAGGCUACUUGAAUGGAUACGUUCCCGUUCACAGACUUAGGCUGCCGCCAUCAUCUGAUGUCAAAGACUAUACGCAGGCAACUCUGUCUCGAAAGCUCACGGUCAGCGUAUCCACGCUUGAAAGUGCUGCCAAAGACAGAUUUGCGGUAACACCCGCUACACUGCUCUAUGCCGCCUGGGGAAUUCUCAUUGCACGGUACUCUGGAACAGAUCGUACUCUUCUAGGCGCUGUCCUGUCCGGGAGGAACCUGGAUAUCCCCGGCGUGGAAGAUGUCAUCGGGCCCUUGAUAAACACACUACCACUAAAAGUAGAUGCCACAGGGUCCCAGUCUACAUCCAGUUUCGUACACUCAGUAUUCAGGGCACUGUGUGAGAUCUUGGAUUACCAGUGGUCUUCCUUUGCUGUGAUCCAGGAGGGAAGCGGAUGUAACCCUGCGAAGCUAUUUGAAACCCUUUUUGCGUUACAGUAUGACUUUCCUCAAGCUGCCUGGGAGUCUACUGAGGCGUUUUCACCACGGGAUGUGCGAUACACCGAAGCCACCGAAGUUCCCCUUACGGUUCUGUUGGACAGGACUAAUGGCAGAUUUGAUGUUCGAUUCAUAUACCGACGGUCUUACUUUGACAAGCACAUCAUCCAAAGGAUGUUUCACCACUUCGAUAAUGUGCUUACAGCUCUCACGAAUUCACAUCCGGAUGCCGAUAUCAGCAUGAUCACCCAAUCUAUAUUCAGCCCCAUAGAGUAUAAGUCUUUAACCGCAAAAACGGUGCAGUCAGACAGUUUUACUAGUCCGAAGAGUUUAGUGGAUGCUCUAGAGAACGCUAUCGAAACAUACCCUAGUAUAUAUGCCGUUGAAGGUUUAUCACAAUCUCUUACAUAUAAAGAAUUCGGUGAUAUCACAGCACAGGUUGCUGGACAGCUAGGGCGGCACAUUCAACGGGGGAGCGUGGUAUGUGUAGUUAGUGACGGCUCUAUCCUCUGGGUAACUGCAAUGAUUGCAGUUAUUCGAGCGGGAGCUGUUUACUGUCCAGUCGACCAGAAGCUUCCGCAAGCCAGAAUGAAGUAUAUGGUUGAAAACUGUCGAGCAUCUUUGAUUGUGUAUUGCAAUGUCGAGCAACAUUUAGUGGUCAAUGAUGUUCCUUGUCUCAGCAUGCCCUCAGUGAUGUCAGACAUUUCUUCCACAUCGAUGGCGAAGCUCACCAGUAAUGAUGGAUCCGAUACUGAUGGUAUAGCGUGCUUGGUUUACACUUCAGGCAGUACUGGGUUCCCCAAAGGUGUUCCGUUGACGCAUAAGGGCAUCCUUAAUGUGAUAUCUCACGAAGACGGGAGAUUGUGCUCCAUACCUGGCCAGCGAAAUGCGCAGAUGUUGUCGCUUGGAUUUGAUUGCUGUAUCAAAGAGGUUUUUUCUACCCUUUGCUUUGGAGCAACUCUUGUGCUUAAGGAUCCAGAAAACCCCAUCGCCCAUCUUGCCAGGGUCGAUGCUACUAUGGCUACUGCCUCUCUGCUCGCAACCCUGGAACCUGACGACCUACCAGGUCUAGGUGUGAUUAUGGUUGCUGGUGAAUCCCUGCCCCAGGCCCUCGCUGACAAAUGGGCCUCUGGUAGAAUUCUGAUUAAUGGGUAUGCACCAGCAGAAAGCACUUUGAUAGCUACUGUAGCAAGGAUAUCUACUGGAGACAAGGUAUCGAUUGGAAAACCGUUUUCAGGUAUGUCCUGUUAUAUCCUUGAUUCCAAGCUGCGCCCAGCCCCGAUUGGAGUGAGUGGGGAGAUCUGUCUAUCUGGUGUUCAGGUCACACCUGGCUAUCUCCAUAAUGAACAGGAAACGGCCAAGCGCUACAUUCAAGACCCCUUUCACCCUGAGCAGGCUAUGUUUCGGACCGGCGAUAUAGGGCGGAGACUAGAGAAUGGCAAUGUUGAGUUUAUUGGGCGAGAAGAUAAUCAAAUCAAACUACGUGGGUUCCGGAUUGAUCUUGGGGAAGUCCAGAGCACAUUUUCUCGAGUGGCUACAGAUGCAAGCAAUGUGGCGCUCCUUGUAUCGAAUGGGAACUUGAUUGCCUUCGUGACUCCUAGCACCAUUGAUGUCGAAAGCCUGGGUAGAAGGCUGGAAUCACAGCUUCCAGAAAUGCACUUGACAAGUCACUUAGGGGAUAAUACAAACCAUGAAAAUCUCAAGACGCCUACUCAACGGGCUUUGGCAGCCGUCUGGGCAGAAGUUCUCGGAUGUGAACUUAGCCAAAUGUCCAUCAGUCCGAACACACGUUUCUUUGAACUAGGAGGUCAUUCUUUAUUGCAGAUAAAAGUAGCUCAAACCAUUUCAAAGCGAUGGGAUAUCCAUCCAAUGCCCCUCAGACAGGUCAUUCGCUAUCAAAAUCUUCAAGCCUUGUCCUCCGCAAUUGACGAGCUCCUUACUAUAGCAACAGAGAUGUUUGUCAAUCACCUCAUAUCUGGCUGCUCGCCAGCCGGGAAUAUGAGCUUUGUUUGCAAAAUAUCUGGUGUUGUGGACUAUAGAGCUCUAGCCAACGCAUUCCAGCAAGUGGCCGCAGAUGAAGAAAUAUUUCGAGCUAGAUAUCAUCUUGUUGACGGUGUUAUGGCACGAUAUCUAGCGGAAGGAGAAGUCAAUUUGACCCAAGUGGUCGAGGCAGUGGACUACAACCAUGUUAUCCACAAGACGGUUACCAAGUCGUUUGAUUUAAGCGCUGAACCACCAUUGGAAGUGGUGAUUAUUACCGGUACCCCUAUGCAAGCCAUACUAGUGAUAGUUAUGUCGCAUGUGAUAGGAGAUGCCACCACAAUGGCAACUUAUCUCGAGAGAGCGUCGACUGCAUAUGAAUUGCUCCGGUUCUCCAAUACAUCAGCAAAAUCCGUCCCAAAAACAGACAAACUAACAUAUAUCGACUGGGUACGAUGGACCGAAUCAUCACAGGCGAGCCCCCAGUCCCAAAAAUUCUGGCCCACUUACCUCUCUAACUUACCGAAGCCGCUAACCUUUGGCAACCAUUCAUCUGGGAAACUAACGUAUACGGGGUCCACGAGGUCAUGGACCUUGCCAGACUCGAUGCUUCGUAGCAUUACUCAUCUCGCUACCAGGGCAUCAGUAACGAUGCAUCACAUUGUACUUGCAGCUGUCUUUUUCGGCUUACAAUGUAUAGACUGUCGCGAUGACAUUGUCUUUGCAGCUCCCUUCACCCACCGCAUGGAGCGGGGGACUGAAUCUAUACCAGGACUUUUUCUCGACCGCCUACUUAUCCGUGUCCAACGUACUCCCCACGGAGAGGAAUCAUUGUUCCAAUUUCUUUCCACGGUUCGUGAGAGCAGCCAGCGUGCGCUAGAGCAUGUUAUUCCUUACCGGGAAGUCUGCAGGCUCCUCUCCCACAAGCCUAGCUUUUCGGACCCUCUAUUUAAAGUCAUGGUAACAUGCCACACUGCCUCCGACAGGCAACCCGUAUUGAAUCUUAAAUGUGCAGAGAUCCAGAAUAUUCCAUAUCGCAAUACAGGAGCUUCCAAAUUCCCUCUCUCAUUGGAAUUUACUGUGACCCAUAACAAUGAUCUUCGGGUUGACAUGGAAUAUGAUUUUGGCCCCAUUGAAGAUGAUGUCGCUCUACGAUUGGAAUUUGCCAUCGGGUUCGCGUUACAGCUUAUGGUUCUUGAAAUGAAUCCGAGUGAGAUAAUAACUCUAGGGGUAUCAUCAUUUGGGCCUGGGAAGAACGGUACAACGAUCACGGAUAGGCAGAGAGCGCAAUUGAGAGUACCAACACUUGAUCAGGUAAACCCGAAUAGCUUGGAAGAUUCCACAAGGAUUAUCAGCAAGUCUAUCUGCCGAUGUCUUGGUCUGGAAGAAAACGUAGUAGAUGUUCAAAAAUCAUUUUGGGAACUUGGGGCACAGAGUAUCGACGCCUUACGGCUACAGAAUCUAUGCAGCAGACAGCGGCUCAGAAUUAGCUUGCGAGAUAUAUUUGCCUCUGAUAGUAUAUCGCAGUUAGUGACCUGCGCUCGCAUUAUUGAUAUAUAG